CAGCAGCUACCUAUCCGGAUCCCAGAGUGUCACACAGGACAGGACCCACACACAACACUUGCCUGGUUCAGCGGAAGGGCCAUGUGUCUGGAAGCUGUGGUGGGAGAUCUAUUGCACAGCUUUUGUGACUGAAAGCGGAGCUGGCUCAUCCUGAGCUCCUGGGUGGUAAUGUGAGACCCCACUGGGGGGAGGGGGAGCCCUGGGCAUCUUGAGUACCCAUCAGACUCCCUGGGAUCUGGUCCUGAGGCUGGACACAUGCAGAAGCACAAGAUCAGGGAGCAGAAUGUUGCAUGUAGAGGGAAUCACUGAAAGUGAGGCCAUUCCUGCUAAGGAGAAACCUUCAGAAGUGGGGGUCCGCCGAAAUGACUGCAUCAUCUGCUAUUCCUCCUAUGACCUGGCUGGCCGCCUUCCCCGCCGUCUCUACUGUGGCCACACCUUCUGCCAGGCUUGCGUCCGGCGACUGGAUGCACCAGCUCACGAACAGCGAUGGAUUCCCUGCCCUCAGUGCCGCCAGAGCACACCCACACCGAGAGGUGGUGUGGCCAUGCUGGACCUUGAUCUGGCUGCCUUCCUAGCUGUGAAGGCAGAGCGGGAGCCCCCCCGGGGAGGGCCCUGGUCCCCUGCUCCUCACAAAGGCAGCCCUCCCAAGCCCAGCUCCGUGAUCACCCAGCAACCAGCCAGCCAUUGUCCAACCCUAGGCCCUCAGCCCCGCUUCCCCCGACAGGGUUGCUGUUGGAGCUGCUGCCUAUGCUGUGAGCCUGAGGGCACCCCUGAAGUCUAAGUCCUGGCCAUAAUUGUGCCCAGCCACCAAACAUCCUGCCAUGUCCCGAGCCACAACAGCCAGGCAGUCUUCAUGGGAAGCCGAGGCUGAACCCUUGAACUAGUCCAUGCAUGGGACUGAAAGUGAGGGCUGGAGCUCUGCCCUGGGAUAUGUCUCAUCACAGUUUCCUUGCUUUCCUCACUAAGCCCCAACUUCCUUGCCAGUUGCCACCAACCUCUUCUCAACGCUGAUUUACCAUUCUAGGCUCCCUAGCAGGGCCCUGAGUUGGGGUUGUUUGAAGAGUUCUAGCUCCUCAAGGUGGCAAAGGGCCUCUGGCUGCUAGAACCCAUAAUGGCUCCCUUGGCUGCCUGGUCCCCUAGAAAACUCAGUCCCUGAAAGAGAUAGGGCUCUGGACCUAGAACUCUGAACUCAAACCCCAUAAUUAGCACAUAAAGUAAAGGCUAUGUUGAUUUGUGUCCCAGAAGAAGCCACCACCCAGAUCAUGAGGGUAGAGAUACCUAGGACCAUGGCUGAGAUCCCUGCAGUUUGGAAUAGGGUACAACGGCUGUGUUUACAACCAUUUGUUCUGUUCAUUUUUUGUUUUUGUUUUUGUUUUUUUUACUAAAGUUUGACUAUCUACUCUG